GCGAAAUCGGGCUGUCAUUGCGUGUAAUGUUUUUGUUUUGGAAUUCGUGGAGGUUUAAAUUUUGUGCAAUUUUCUUGUAAAUCUUCCAAGAAGUGAUACAAAAGUCUGCGGUAGUAUCUAAACGUGCAAAGUUUGUGGAAUGCUUAUUUGUGGCUAGUAAGGUGUGCUCGUCUCGCUUUCAUCGGUUAUGCAAAUCAAUCUUGGCAGCCGGUUUGUUGUUCUUUCUGUGCAUACGUGUUUGUUUGGCCGUGGUCGUAAAAGACCAGAACUCUCUUACCCGCGGAUAUGUCGUGGCUAAAGCUAAAUGAUAGCCUGAACAAGGUGAAAGGAUCCAUCACCUCCUUCACGCAGGAAGUGUUUGCAGAAGGAAUUAUCGGCGAGGACGAAACCGAACAGAAUCCGGCCCGGGAGCUAAACAUUGCUCGCGAAAAAAUCACCCAACUAUCGGAUCUAUGUGCGACACAAGACCAGGAGAUUGUGACCCUGCGCAAGCAAGUUGCAGAAUAUCAGCAACAGUUUCAGCAACCAUCCACAUCCGGAACCCAACAGCCGGGUUCGUCGCUUGCCUCCAAACCGCCAUCGGUAGAGUUGCUUUGCGCGGCGACCUCAUCCACAUCAUCAAAAGCUGCUGGUACUCUCGGUCCCGAUCAGCAUCAUGUUGGCACAACGACCGUCACCAGCACGUUGGAGGACAGUUGGUUCUGGGAUCCCGAAAACAACAUCUCCUCGACGUCGUCCUCCUCCAAGAAAGACGACAACGAUUCCCCUUCAUCCGGUCCAACCGAGCUGACAACGAUUCCGCUUGAAGCUCCGGCGAAUGAAAGCGAAAUCAUCGAUCGACUUCAACGCCAGCUGAACGAAAAGUCCCAGCAGCUCAAGAAGCAACAGCUCGAGAACGCACUGCUGAACGAAAAACUGGGCCAAGUGAGCAGCGAAAAUCGCGAGCUUAAUGAAAACAUCGAAGAGCUAGACCGUCAGCAUGAGGUGGUGCUGGAAAACUUGGUCGCGAGUAAGCGCGAUCUGCAAGCGCAAUGUGGUCGGCUCGAGGCGGAGCUUAAGACGAAAGCGGCCGAAUCCCAAACAUCCCUCCAGGAGCUUCAAACGCGCUAUGAACGGUUAGAGCAAGCUCAUGCUCAAAGUGACCAGGAUAAUGAAAAGUUGAAAGCCGACACGGAAAAGCUGAAGGCUGAGCUGGAACGAAUUGUGUGCGAAAAUGUAGAGGCAGUGGCAGCGCUCGAGACACAGCUCGAAGCGAAGCGUCGCGAACAGGCAACUUCGGACGAGCUGUGCCGAUGUUUAAGGGCGGAAAAUGAAGAAAUUCGCCUGCGGCUAAACACUGAAGAAGCUGAGUUUGUAGUAGCCGUACCGACAGUAGAAGAAAAAGAAACUAACGCGAUCUUGCAAGCUGAACUAGAGGAGCUUAAGCAAACGUUGGAGGAAGUUCGUACGGAGCGGGACAAUUUGCAGAAGCUAACAGCUGAGCUUGAUCGCUCCGAACACAUCGGUCAGUUGGAACGAGAAAUAGGAGAGCUGCAGAACGAACUACGCAGCGUCAUCAUCGACAACUCAGUACAGCUGGAAUCAAAGGAAAAGGAGUAUGACGAAAAGUUAGCCGUACUGCGCCACGAAAAUCAGGCACUGCAAGACAGGAUGGCUAACGAACCCACUCCCAAGCCGGAACCGGAUCCGCGUGUAGCUGAGAUUAUACGGCAAUUUUUCGAUCUGGAUCUUUCAAAUCCCGACGAUCUGGUCGAACGAUUCCAGCAAACCCGCGAUGUGGAGGCAAAAUUAUCAGCCAUAGAAAAGAAACUGAUCGACGCAGGGAAGGAAAUUAAUUUCCUCAAAUCGGAAAACUCACGCAUCCAGCACGACAAGGACACGCUGACCGCGGAUUUAAUGCAGUACGAGAAAGAGUGCGCCAGUUUGAUGAAGAACAACGAUCGCCUGCUGGAGGAGCUGGAAAACGUAAAGUGCAAUAAGCUGGAGACGAUCAACGAAAAUGCCGAGGACAGUAUCGUGGUGCUUGAGAAGCAGCUCGACGAUUCACACCGUCUAAAUCGUACGCUGGAGGAAGAGUACCGUGAAGCUCAUCGAAAGCUGGAAGAAGUGCUGGAAGAGAAGGAAGAACUGCUGAUGAAGGUAACCUUGCUUGAGAGUUGCGAAAGCGAUAGUAAGGCUAGAGUUCGGGACUUGGAUCAAUCGCUCUCGGAGGUACGAAAGGAACGUGAUCAGGUCGUCCAGCAGUUGGAACAAUUACGGCAAGUCGGUGGACAGGAAGCAGAUCAACUCCGUACCGAGCUAGAGAGUGUACAGGGACAGCUGACAACGAUCAAUGAAGAUCAUGCUAAUCUGGUACGGAAACUACAGCAAUUACAACAGACUUCAUCCGACAACAUUCGCAUCUGGGAGUCAAAGUUUGAGGAGAUGCGCGUGUUGCUCGAGUCAAAGGAAUCAGAUCUGCAGCAAGCACGCGAAUCAUCCGCGGUUGUCGAGCAACAGGAAGAGUUGACAGCGGAAAAUGAACGUUACCGGGCCGAGCUUGAGAAGCAACGGGAAGCACUGGAAAGUCUUACCCAGCAAAAGGAAAACCUUGUGCAGCUGGUCACGACCAAACACAACGAAAGCGUCCAAUACCAUGCGGAGAUUCAGCGAUUAAAUCAACUGCUGCAAGCGGAAACCGAACGAGCCGCACCAUCCUGCACCGACUGUCCGUUGUUGCGCGAGAAGUUGCAGGAUUACGAACGGCUCACGGACCAGAUACAGUUUUUGCGCGAAAAGUCCGACAUCCUUACGGCGAAUCUGAUGACCGAGCAAAACAACCAGCGGAUGGCGCUGCAGCAGAAGCAAGAGCUUGUCGAACAGCGCGAUGGUUUGCAGCGCGAUUUGGAACGGCUGCGUCAACAUCUGCUUGAAAUCGAAGAAGCGCACACGCAGGAAACGGUCGAGUUGCAGCGACGGUAUGACGAUACCCGUCAACAGUUAGCAUCACUCGAGCGCGAUGUAAAACAGUCCACCAAUGCACUUACCUCCGCUAGCAUUCGAGCGAACCAGCAGGCAGAAACACUGCAAGCACAGUACCAAUUGUUGCUGCAGCAGCGCGACGAACUAGGAGCACGAUUGAGCGCUGCGGAUGAUCGUGAUCAAAAAAAUCAAGCCGCACUGACGAACCUACAGUGCGCACUGGAACAGUUCCAAAUGAAUCGAGAGCGCGACAUCGAACUGGCCACCGGCAGUAUUCGCAACGAGCUGGAACAGUCGCGUGUACGUGAAGACGGGUUAAAAGACAUGUUGAAGCAGAUACAGCAACAAUUGACCGAUGCAAAGACAGGUCUACUGGCAGCGGCACGCAUUUCCGAUCAGCUGGAAAUUUCACAAGUGACGGUCGCCUCGCUAAAAGCGGAAUUGGCCAAGCGGGACGAAAGGUACGCGGCGCUCGAAAAUCGGCUACAGCAAACGGAAGCAAGCCAAGCGGACAAGGUGGAAAAGACAUUGGUGAAAAAUCUAAUCAUCGGGUACACGGUUGCACCGAAUGCAACCGACAAGCAGCAAAUCAUGAAACUGAUCUCGUCUGUACUGACGAUGGACCAGACCGAAUGUACCAAGGUGGGGCUACAUCAUAAGGGCGUCGUGGGAACGAGCGGUGGAUGGCUGAACAGCAUCCUUGGCGGAAGUGGUGGUGAAGCGGGAGGAGCCAACUACAACAAAGAAUCACUUACCGAAGCGUUUGUAAAAUUCCUCGAGAAGGAAUCGGCUCCCCGAGCAACGGCAAGCUCUAGUCUACUGAACAUAGUCACGUCUCCCGCAGCAGGAAUGGCUGCCAACGCCUCCAACCUCACCGGUGCAGAUGAUCAGCAACUUUCGGGUACGUCCAGCGGCACGGUGGCCAAUAGCAGUGCUGGAAGCAAUUUGCUUACUGCACCACCGGCAACCGUACAACCGAUCCUAGUGCCGGAAGCGAUGAUGAUGAUGCAGCAGCCCGGUUUUGCACCGCCACGAAGCUCCAGCUCCAUACUCAAGGAUAUAUUGAGCGAUUCCUGAUACACUUACGGCGAUCCGUUGCUUUUUUAAUCGCGGAAAACAGUGUGUCGGAUUAGGUGGCUCGGUGUAGCAAAGGUGUAAAUAUUCGUAUUCGUACCCCAGACGGUGUGUUCGAGCACGCUGAAACUUGUGAGCGUUAGAGCAUUUUGUUAUGGACAUCCAUUUGAUAUGGGCACCACACACACAUAAAAACACACAAUAUAGAGGAAACAUAAUAAAUCUUAUUCGAGACGAUACAAA